CUGUUGUGUAUACUAAAUCAGAUCUGUCUCCAGUAAAUGUUUGACUCACUUUUUUAUUAUUAUUAUUAUUUUUAAAUAGUUCCAGGGUUGAGUAAGACUUAUGGCUUCCAGCCUAAAAUGCAUCGUCUACGCAUGAUGCAUACCUUCCUCUGGUACCUGAUCUAUGGGCAUCCGCUCCGACACAACUGCAGCAGCUCUGAUUCAACCAGUCAAUCAUCAAGCGGCGCAGACGGCUCCGAUCCUGCUGCCAAACCCGCAGACAGCAAAGCACAACAGGAUCUGAAAGAAGCAGAAAGCUCUACACCUGCAGACAGACCAACACCGUUGUUUGACAGUGUUGGCACCGGAUGUGACGGCCGGAAAAGUGCAGACUCCAGCUUAUCUAACAUGGAAGUGGCAUCUGGUGAUGAAGGAGAGGAGCAAAAAGAUAGUUACUCUCAGUCUGACAUGAAAGUCUAUCUCGAUGAAGACUCCUGGAAGAGAUUCAUCCCUCCUGUCCGUGUUCACGAGGAGUACAGCAGCGGCUGGGCGAUGGUGGGCGACCUGCUCCUCUGUUUGCCUCUUUCUGUUUUUGUGCAAAUUAUUCAAGUUACUUAUAAGGUGGAAGGACUGGAGGAAUAUCUCAAUGAUCCUGUAAAGCAACAUCAUCUGGUGAGAGCGCUGCCUGCACGAAUGAGAAGACGGCUGCUUUAUAAACGGAAGUACAUCUUUGUAUUUCAUGAAAACCUGCUAAAGUUGGUCUACAUGGGUCUUCUGCAGUUUGGUCCAAUUGAGAAGUUCAUGGAGAAGGACCAGGUGUUUGUGUAUCUUAAACGUAAUGCUACUAUUGUUGACACCACCAACACCGAGCCUCACUACUGGCUGGUCACAGAGUGCCUUGAAAAACCGUUUGAAAGGCGCCCUUACGUCUUCAACACUGCUGAUGACCUGGAAAAGUACUGGUUUGACCUGAUGUGCGUCUGCCUCAACACACCACUGGGGGUAGUUCGUUGUAAGAGGAACACCACUGAUGAGGAAACGACUCCUUCUUUUGUGCAAGAACGCCACGUUUUCGCAGGAAUGGCGUACCUGCUAAAGGGCAGUACUGAAGUGUGUGAUGACGGAUUGAUACCAGGAGACGGUAAAGGAGCAGGAGGACUGGACUCUGAAUUUUUUGGUCAUCUUAAACGCAACUGGUUUUGGACCAAUCAGCUGCUUUCUGUUAACAUGAGGCAAUCUGGUUUAGAGGCACAGGACAACAAAACCAGACUAAAGAGCCUCCUGAGUAAAGAUGCUCUCAGAUUUGCGCUUAAAGCUGGAGGUACAGCGACACCGCGUUAUGUCACAUCCAAGCGGCCAGCGAGGGCAGAAAAAGUUCAGGUGGGAAUAGAACCAGCAUCCAGAAACCAGCGGGUGGUUGGAGGAAAGGGGCAGAAGAGGAAGAGAACCAAGAAAGAUGUUGUCAAAGUUCCACGCAAGAAGAAAAAAGAGCCCAAGAAACGCACUCCUGCACACGAUGAGACGGACCACCAGGCUUUGAAACGGAUGACCAGACAAAGAGUCAACUGGACUGUACAGGAAGACUCACUGGUGAUGCUCUGCUGUGUGGCUGCAGACCUGCUCAACAGCAAGUUAAAAAGGCAGUUUGUACCUCACUGCGUGGUGAGAGACCUGCUCCACGCAGAGUUUGAGAUAUCAUCGGAUAAAACGUCAGUUGCCGUUGGACGUCGCUCAAGAUACAUCCUGAAAAAUCCUCAGACACUUCUGAACUACAGGAUCUGCCUGGCUGAAGUGUACCAGGACAAGUCGCUGAUGAGCCUUUUGGAGAAGGAGAAACCUGCUGAUCCCGAAAAACCAGAGGAUUGUGCCAAAGUGUUCUCAGAGUAUAUCCGGCUGCUCAGACAGAAGUUCAGCACAAUUGUCAAUGCUCAUGAUUUGAUCAUCCCUGACACCAAACAGCAGCUCUUCUCGAGGUUUAAGGUUUCUGCAAUAGACAGCGGGAAAAAGCUCCCAUACAAAGACACUCUGAGCAGCACAGAUGACAUUCAUUCUGUAGUGUUACAUAACUUGAUCCAGAGCACUCUGGCCAUGACCAACAAUCAAAUGAAAACCUCCAGAUCCUUUCAGAUCUUCCACUUGUACAGUCAGUAUGACCAGGAGCUUCUGUGCAAAGUCUUCAUACAGUGCAGGAAGAGGGGUCUGGUCAACCGCCGGCGUAUCAGCCAGCAGUUUGGGCCGAAGAAGAACCGAGCGCUGCCCAUCCUGCCCAUGUCCUACCAGCUGUCCCAGUCCUACUUCAGGUGUUUUUCAUGGCGUUUUCCUCAUUCCCUGUGCACCGAUUCCUUCCGCUUCUUAAGGAGUCUAAUUGACAAUGGCACGCAUGAUGACAGGCCCAUCAUCACACUCUACAACGAAACUGAGUACAGGUCACAGAAUGGAGAGGAAGUGCUGGAGACAAAAACAGGCUCCAAAAGUAAAGAACAUGGAGGAAAAGAAGCUGACAGACCAGCGAGUCAGCCGGAAAGGGCAAAAGAUGUCACCACAAAGGAAGGAGAUGACAACCAAGGUGAAAUUAAAGGAGACGAGAGUAUAAAGGACGCUGACACGAACAACGAGAAAACUGAUGUUUCGAGCAAGCCGGACGAGCAGAAAAAGCCUGACGACAGCUCCACAUCUGGAUCUGGUGAAGAGGCUCCAGGAGUGUCGGCCACGUCAAACACAGUACCUCCAGCUUCAGACGAGCCUCCAGAUGUGUCGGACAUGCUCAAGUUCUCUCUCCAGUCCCCGGGUGGAGCCUGCCUAGUCUCGCUCAGCCUGAUGUCUCUAGGACUGCUGAAUGUGUACGCCUCCAUACCUAAACAGAUGGUGGUGGUGGACAGCAACCUGGUGGACAAGGAUGUAGUGAAGAGUAUGGCAGAACUAGUAGAAGAAGAAGAGGAGGAUGACGAUGAUGGUGAUGAUUACGAUGGGAAAAAAAGGCAACAAGUGAAGGCACAAAAAGCUUCGCACACCAAGUACUUAAUGAUGCGAGGAUAUUGCACCCCAGGCAUCGUAAAAGUGCGCAACCUAAACACCAAUGAUAGCAUUGUGAUGGAGUCGUGUAUUAUGAGGUUGCAGCUGCGCAACACGCCCGCUCACAGCCUGUUCAGUGCAGAGAACUUUCCACCUCUGGACUUGACAAAAUGUGGUCCAUCCCUUCUGCCCUCCAACCUCACCUCCUUCGUCCGUUCAGCCUCCUUUUCUCCACCCAGUGUGGAGGAGUGUUACAGGCGCUUUGUAAAUCAAAAGGGAUACACCCCGCGGGAUAUUGAAGCGUGCACUCAGAUCAUGAGGAGCUUAGAUGAAGCUGGUGAAAGAGGUUGGGAUGCUUAUGACUUUCUCGAGGCUCACGCGAACCUGCUGGAGCCGCAUUCUGGACGCAGCAGGAAGCUGCAGCAGUACAUGGAGGAGUUGGAAGAAGAAGGCCAGGUGGUAAAAGUUGGGAGUCUCAGUGUCCGCUGGGUGCUCAUGAAGCUCGCUGGACCAUGGCUUCUUACUGUCAGCUCCAAGCACUGGUCUCAGUCAUCCACUGCGUCACACCCGUUUUUGGAGAAGAAGCAAACCAUCCCCUUUAUACGGAAGCGGUGCAGCCGCGAAUUCCAAGUGGAGAAGGAAGAACCACCGGCGAAAAGAUUGGCUGUGGAUAGAGAGGACGUCGCUGACAAAGAGGAUGUGGACGGAGUGCCGCGUAACCAAGAAACAAAUGAGGAGAAACAGCUGGAACAACUGGAACGGCCGAUGGAGAGGGCAGAUGAAUCGAGGGGAGAGCAGUUGUUGUUAUUGGAGGAGGAGGGAGGAAAGCAGAUACAGGAGGAGGAAAAACAGGCUGCAGAAAGGAAGAAGACGACGGACGCAGAGAGAAGACAAGAUAACAGGAAAGAGCAGAGGUUGAGAAGAGGAAGGAAAGAGGAUGAGAACAACGAUGAGGCGUGCUCUUCCUCCACAGGCCCCGAUACUGAUGCUGAAACCAGCUUCAUCAGCCGGCCCUGGCGCUUGGUUGAUGGUAAGGUGAACCGGCAGGUGUGUAAGGGCAUGCUGGAAGCUGUUCUCUACCACAUCAUGUCUCAGCCCGGCCUGACACACCAGGCGCUGGUAGGGCAUUACAAAGAUUUGCUGCAGCCAGUGGCAGUUCAGGAUCUUGUGCAGGCACUUAUCGAACUGGGCUGUGUGACGAAGAAAACUCUGGCUAAAAGUCCUAAACCCUCACUGUUCACUCGUCCUGCACAGCAACGAAAAAGCGAGAGAGAACCAGACAUAGUGAUGUAUGAGCCCACCAUCAGCUGCUGCCUGCGACUCUGUCGAGUGUUGCCCAACGAGCGAACCUGGAACUGUUGUAUACCCUGAAAAGUGUUUGCUAAACUUAUUUUAGAUCUCCAAGGACUGAGAAAAUAUUGGCACAAUGAUCAAGCCUUUGAGAGCUAAGUGAGGAUAUUUUAAAAAUUUGAUCAGGCUGUUUGUAUUUCUUUUGGGAAAGUUUUUUUUUUGUGUUCAGCUUUUGUGUACUCUAACUUAUAAUUCUUAAUAAAAAUCCAUAAGUCUUCUUCAAACUUGUA